AUGAAAGAGGGUCUCAUGGAAACUCAGUCGAUGCUGAGAAGAAAGCGAGGAGAUCUCUCAGGAGAGGUCAAGAAGUACUUAGCCUCAAGAAAAUCCAUCAAGCAGUCAUUGCAAAAGUCCCUUAAGAGUUUGAAGGUCAAGCAAGACCAAGUGAGCAACAACGAAUCUUUGAUCGUGUUUGGAGAAGCAGAAGCUAUUACAAUUGCUCUGUUUGAUUCUCUGUUUUGCUUCAUGUCUGGAUCAAAGACAUGUAGCAAAUGGUCACUCGUCUCAAAGCUAAUGAACCAGAAGAAAGUUACAUGUGAAGCACAAACAAAUGAAUUCACAAGGGCUGACACAGGAUUUCAAUCCGAAAAGACUUUGAAGAUGGAGGAUGUGCAGAUCCUAGAGUCAUGCAUUCAAGAUCUUGAAGAUGGUCUAGAAUCUCUUUCCAAGUCCUUGAUUAAAUAUCGAGUCUCAAUUCUUAAAAAUCUCUUUCCAAGUCCUUGA